AUGCUGGCGUCGACGAAUAGCUUUCGCGCGCCGCGAGCGGGGACGAAGGCGGCGCUGGAGGUGCACGUGUCGACGUGGAACGUGGGGAAUAAGGCGCCGCGAGCGGAUGCGGCGAGCGGGUGGUUGAGGGACGCGCGGAGGAGCGAUAUCGUCGCCGUCGGGGCGCAGGAGGCGAGUUACGUGAAGACGAGAAAGACGAUAAAACCCGUCGCGGUGAGCGCGGCGUGCGGGGACGAGGCGAAUUUCAAAUCAAGAUUUCGGAAGGGAUUUUUCAAAUCGACGAAGUGGACGCGAGUGGGCAUGGUCGCGGGCGGCGCGUUCGCGGGAGGGGUCAUGGCCGCGCCCGUGGCGCCGAUGGGAGUGAUGUGCGGUAUGUUCACGGGCUGGUUCGCGAGCAAGAGGCUGGUGCAAGAGAUCAAGGUGCGCAUACAUUGGUUUGAUUUCUUGCACUCGGCGUUGGGCCACGAAUUCGAGCUCUUGCAGACGCAAAUAUUACUGCAAAUGCGGCUGGCGGUGUUUGUGAAGAAAGAGCUCGUCCCGAGAAUUCGCAGCGUCAAGGUUGGCUCGAAAGCCACCGGGCUCGGAAAUCUGGUCGGGAACAAGGGCGGGUUGUUGGUGCACAUUGAACUCGAAAACGGGGAAACCAUCGCCUUCUUGUCGUGUCAUCUCGCCGCGCACGAACAACCAAAGUAUUUGGAAGCGCGCAACCACAUGGUGCAUGAGAUCUUAGAAGGGACCUGGAUAGAUUGCGUGGAAAAGCCCAAGUGCGCGUUGCCCGUGGUAACCGACGUGAACUCGGCGUUGUUUGACGCCGGAUCAGAAAUGAUAAACAAGAUGAAGGGGACGUCGAGACAGGUGUAUGAAAGGACUUCGGACGCGUUCCAGGGCGCCACGGGGGCCAGACUCGCAAUUGGUUCCGGUAUGGCUCCGCGAAAGAAUCAAGCACCUGAGUUAUUGGACGUCGCCACCCACGUCUUCUUCUUUGGGGAUCUCAACUACCGCCUCGAUCCCGGGAAAGUCGUCGGGAACGAGUGGGAUACUCACUGGGAUAAGACGGCGCCGGAAAUGACGUCUACAAAAUUAGCGAACAAAUACGACGUCGAUAAAGUUCCCCUGAGCAAGUUCCCCGCGGCGAGGCCGGUGGCGCAACCCGGCAUGAUUGAAGAAGAAAGCGACGACGAAAUCACCGAGUCGUCGCCAUUCCAGAUCGGGCGCACGGCCGUAAUCGAGUCCGUGGGCGCUCAGGAAUUCGAUCAAUUGGUCAAGGCAGACCAGUUGAUCAAAUCCAUGAAGGAAGGAAAGGUGUUUGCAAACUUUCAUGAAAUGCCCCUCAAGUUUUUCCCGACAUUUAAGCGCGCGUCGAACAACUUGAAGGAUGGGAAAGGCAAGAAAGCACCCGCGCAAGAACAAUCUGUCGCGGAGCCGGGUUCGGCAGAAUAUUACAAUGAAAAGCGCGUGCCUUCCUGGUGUGAUCGCGUGCUUGUACACUCGUUAACUGGCGCCAAAGACUCUUGCUCGCCUCUCGAGUACGGGGCGCGUCACGACGUCACGACGUCAGAUCACGCACCGGUUUACGCGCGCUUUCGCGUGCGUCUCCGCGAUCUUCCUCCAUUGAAAGCACUUCCACGAGCCAAGUUGACGCUCACGAAUUUGAGCGUCACUCGUAACACCAUCGAGGACGAUUUCCGGGGUUCGAGCGUUUACGUGCACUUGUUCGUUCCGCACACGCGCACAGUCGUUCCAGAGGCUAGAGAAGUGAGCUCGGGGCACGUCGCUCGAGACGAAUCGCAGCCAAAAACGAUUGGGAAGUAUACUUUCUCUGGGGAUGUUCUUCCCUCCUGCAUCGUCGGUUACGACGCCGCCGACGAAGUCACCUUUGCUGAGCAAGAAAAGGCGGCGGCGCGCUUCGCGCUGCUCACCACGGAGGAACGAAUCGCGUUGAAGGAAAACGAAGAUGCCGAAAAGUCUGAAGAAUUACCCACUCCCGUUGGCAUGGACGCGUACGGUAAGUUUGUGGGCAUUAUCACUCUCGUCGACAGUCGAUACGGCGACAAACUAGGAACGUGCACGGUGCUCCUCCCCUCCAAGGGCUCAUCCUCGUUCGACGUCCCCCUCCUGUUGCGUUCUGCAAACGUCGGCCGAAUCAAGGGAUCGUGGGAGCUCUCUAGUAUUUAA